CUCUCCCGUUUCUAACGGCGUCGACCCUCCUCCCUCCGCAAUGGUGAACCUCACAUACGACGCCUCCGGCGAGAUCGUCUACUAUGACAAUGUAACAGGCGAGACCACCGUCUACAACAUGGGCGACAUGGCCUUCAUCAUGGUGUGCAUGGCCCUCGUCUGGAUCAUGAUUCCCGGAGUCGGCUUCUUCUACUCUGGCCUGUUGAGGAGGAAGAACGCCCUGUCGAUGAUUUUCACCUCUUUGGCGUCGAUCGCCGUUGUCGGUUUCCAAUGGUUCUUCUGGGGAUUUUCGCUUUCCUUUGCCGAUGAUGCUAGUCCGUUUAUUGGUACUCUCAAACACUUUGGUCUCAAGGGUGUGCUUGAUGCCCCUUCAAUCGGAAGCGCUCGUAUCCCCAGUCUACUGUUCAUGCUCUACCAAGGAGCCUUCGCCGCCAUUACUGCUGCACUCGCUGUCGGCGCCAUCGCCGAGCGCGGUCGUCUCGGUCCCAUCCUCGUCUUCAUCUUCAUCUGGACAACCAUCGUCUACGACCCGAUCGCCUGCUGGACCUGGAACGGAAACGGCUGGUCGUUCGUCCUCGGCGGCCUCGAUUUUGCGGGUGGAACACCCGUCCACAUCAACUCUGGCACCGCCGCCCUCGCCAUCUCCGUCUACCUGGGCAAACGACGCGGCUACGGCACCGAGCGCCUUGCCUACAAGCCCCACAACACCACCUACGUCGUCCUCGGGACUGUGUUCCUCUGGUUCGGCUGGCUUGCAUUAGUCACGAACAUUGCUGCCGCUGUCGGUGGUAUCACUUGGAUGCUCUGGGAUUACCGCAUUGAGAAGAAGUGGAGCGCUGUCGGGUUCUGCUCUGGUGCCAUUUCUGGUCUUGUUGCGAUUACACCUGCUUCUGGAUAUGUUGGAUCUCCCGCCGCCGUUCUCUUUGGUGUCAUGGGAGGAACCAUUUGCAACUUUGCCACUCAGCUCAAGUUCCUCCUCGGCUACGAUGAUGCUCUCGAUAUCUUCGCCACCCACGGUGUUGGUGGAAUCGUUGGCAACCUCCUCACUGGUAUCUUCGCUCAAGCUAGCGUUGCUGGCUUCGACGGUGCUACCGAGAUUCCUGGUGGCUGGCUCGACAAGAACUGGGUCCAAUUGGGUUACCAGAUCGCCGACUCCGUUGCUGGAUUUGGCUACUCCUUCGUCGUUACUACCCUCAUCCUCUGGGUCAUGCACUACAUCCCCGGCCUCCGUCUCCGCUGCUCCGAGGAAACCGAAAUACUCGGUAUCGACGACGCCGAGAUGGGCGAAUUCGCAUACGACUACGUCGGUCUCGAGCAAGAGCUCGGCCAGACCCUCAACACCACUCUGCGAACAUCGAGUCGCUCAAGCAACGAGAAGGUUGUCCCCGUUGCAGAGUCGCAAUAG